CAACAGCAGCCGUCAGAGCGGCGCAGUGGGGACGCGGGGCAGCGGGCGCGUCCUCCUACCGAGGCUCCUUCCCAGCCCAGGCUCCCUCCCUGCGCCCCUCCGGCUGCCCCCGCCUCUCCCCGGGGCCGCGCAGCCCCUUUCCGCCCGGCGCGGCUCUCGCACGGACGCGGGCCGGGCUCGUCGCGGCGGCGGUGGGACCCGGGCUGGCUCAGCAGGCUCGCAGAUGGGUCAGGGACUCUGGAGAGUUGCUAGGAACCAGCAAUUGCAACAGCAAGGAUACAGUGGACCAGGCUAUCUUACCAGAGAGCAUGGUAGGAGGGUAGCUGCUAACGUUUCCAAUACAAGCCAUCGCAAACAAGCCCAAGGAGGCAUUGACAUCUACCACCUGUUGAAGACAAGAAAGUCUAAAGAACAAGAAGGAUUCAUUAACCUGGAAAUGCUGCCACCAGAGCUUAGUUUUACCAUUUUGUCAUACCUGAAUGCAACUGACCUCUGUCUAGCUUCAUGUGUCUGGCAGGAUCUUGCUAAUGAUGAGCUCCUCUGGCAAGGGUUGUGCAAAUCCACUUGGGGUCACUGUUCUAUAUACAAUAAGAAUCCACCUCUAGGAUUUUCUUUUAGAAAAUUGUAUAUGCAGCUAGAUGAGGGAAGUCUCACCUUUAAUGCCAACCCUGAUGAGGGAGUCAACUACUUUAUGUCCAAAGGCAUAUUAGACGAUUCACCAAAAGAAAUAGCUAAGUUUAUCUUUUGCACGAGAACACUAAAUUGGAAGAAGCUGAGAAUCUACCUUGAUGAAAGGCGAGAUGUUUUGGAUGACCUUGUGACGCUGCACAACUUCAGAAAUCAGUUCUUGCCAAAUGCACUGAGAGAGUUCUUCAGACACAUUCAUGCUCCUGAGGAGCGUGGGGAGUACCUUGAAACUCUCAUAACAAAAUUCUCUCACAGAUUCUGUGCUUGUAAUCCUGAUUUGAUGAGAGAACUUGGCCUUAGUCCUGAUGCAGUUUAUGUACUGUGUUACUCUUUGAUUCUACUUUCAAUUGAUCUAACAAGCCCUCACGUGAAGAACAAAAUGUCAAAGAGGGAAUUCAUCCGAAAUACGCGCCGAGCUGCACAGAAUAUUAGUGAAGAUUUUGUAGGGCACCUUUAUGACAACAUCUACCUUAUUGGCCAUGUGGCUGCCUAAAAGCACAAUUUGCUAGCACUUAAAAUUUGUAAUUUUCAAAUAUUACGUCAAUUCAAGACAUUAAUUAUUUUGUAGAGAUGGGGGUUAUUUUAGUGCUGGUCAUUCUAACCUCUGUAUGCAAUCAAAGUUUGUGUGCGUAAGUGUGUGUAUGUGUAAACUACCUUUUCUAUCUAUUUACUAUGGGAAUGGAAGGACUUGGUUUUCAUAAUUUUUUUCAGUUUUGCACAAAACAAUGCCAUUAGUCUGACACAGCCAUUUACGAAUGUUAAACUGACAUUACAGUCUAAGCUGACAAAGUGGUGAAUUUGUGCGUUAGAUCUGCUUGAAACUUUAAUAAGUUCAUUCUUUUUAGAAUACUGUGUAAUGUGUAUAUAUUUAACUGAAGAGAUUUAUAAUCAUAAUUAUUUUAUUGUGAAAUAUUUUAACUAAAAUUUCUCCUCUUAUCUCUUAAAAUAGUGUUGUACUUUUGUUUGCAUUUUUUUUUUACAAUGCUGACUACCUCAGAUGCAUAACUUAGAGAAACAUUAGUCUGAGUACUACAAUAAAGUUUAUUCUAGGAGAUGACAGAACACUUGUAAAAUAUCUAGACUGGUAUUUUAUACUAUAUUUACUGACUUGAAUUAGCAUAUUGCCAAUCUGCUAUUCACUCAGUUUUAAAGAUUACAGGCUCUAUUUUAGAUGAACCCUGAUGUCAUACACGGAUAACCAAGGGAAAUAAUGCAGUGUACAGAGAAUUUUACAUAAUUUACAUAUAUAACCUAUUUUACAGACACUAGUUUUUGGGAAACAGGGCAACUACAAUCACUUAUUCAGCACAGUAAGCAAGGAAAAAUCCAAACGGAAAGUAGUGGGGGCUACUAACUGUGUUGCUGCUUUCAGCUGGUUCCCUCAGUCUAGAAGUGUCAAUGAUGGAAAUGCCUGGGCAAAUACAUACCAGAUGACUCAUUGCUAAAGCUGUUAAAAACUGACUGUGCAAGAUUAGAGCAGUGACUGUGCAGGAUUCGAGAGCCGUUUCAGAGUCAGAUACUGAGUUACUUUCAAAAUCAGUCAUAUAGCUAGCUUUUUAAACAGUUCUAGAUUUAUGGAAAUACUUCAAAAAUUGCUUAGGUCAGGUUGUGUCUGUAGAAUAUUAGCAGUGCAACUGCUGUGCAUGUGCAGGAAUUGAAUGAGGUUUUGCCUGGUGUUUGUUCAGACAGCUCACAGAGCAAUGCUUUUCUUAAAUUGACAUAACAUAGUUAAAAUAAGAGCUAUUCUUCAUUAGGUUUGUUUACAUAAUAUUCAGCUAUCAGUAGCAUCUGGAUUCAUCAUGGCAACAAGUACAUUUAUUCUUUUUCCCUACCACACCAUGAGGUGAGGUGGGAAGGCAUUCUUAGUUAAUUAAUUAAUCAGAUUAAUCUGAUCUUCUAUGUAGAAAGCCCAUGGCAGAGCCAGGAACUGAAUGCAGGUCAUACUCCUCAUAGGCACACACUUUGCCUACACUGCUGCUUUCCAUUUGGUACAUAGGGAGUGUUAUAUUUUAUUUAGAAGUGAGAAUAACCAUGACAAUGACAGUCCACAUAAGGGCUGCCUAAAUGACAGGAAGAAAAAAUGUAGCUAUUGCUGCUAUUUCAAGUGUUUAGUACAUUUUGUUUAUAGCUCUGGUCCACAUAUAAAAAUGCACACAAAAAAUGUUGUACCUUUUUAUUAUAUUACCUUUAAUCAAGUGUAAAUGCCAUUUGUAUUUAUGUAGCAUACACACACAAAGCCAGGAGCCAGCAGUAUAGCAGCUGUCUUCCAGACAGGUUUACAGUAUCACUUGCCUCUCUCAGGAUAACUACUCUUCACCCUGUUUUGUUUCAUGUAUUUCAAAAAGUCCAAGGAUGUGUUCUGCGUUGGUCAGUCAAUUAAUCUUAAACACAAAUAAAGAGUGUGUGGUAUGGUGGGGAGCUUUGUUUAAGGCACGAGUUUCUGCUCCUGUAUUAGAAAAAUAAA